CCGCCUGGGCCUCGCGUGGGGGUGACCCCUUUGCAGAGGGACUCACGCGCGCAGAAGCAUUGGGGUCACGCCCGGCCGCCUUGGCGCGCUUUUGAAACGCUGACGGUGAGCUUGGGGGGCUUGGUGUCCGCGGAAGCUGCGGGAUGCCUCCGCCCCGCGCCGCGAUGACGAGGACCCGCGAGGAGGUGGACGCCACGCUGCAGAUCGCCAAGCUGGACGCGGCCGAGCUGCUGCCCACCGUGCACUGCCUGGGCUUCAGCCUCGGGGCCAACGGCGCGGCCGCCGGAGACUUCUGCCUGCUGGAGCUGGAGCCCGCGCUGUGCCAGCAGCUGGAAGCUGGACACAGUCUUGUGAUUCGCGGUGACAAAGAUGAGCAAGCUGUGCUGUGCAGUAAAGACAAAACAUAUGACUUGAAAAUAGCAGACACUUCCAAUAUGCUGCUUUUCAUUCCUGGUUGUAAAACUCCAGACCAACUGAAGAUGGAAGAGACACAGUCUAACAUUAUUCACACUGAG